AUGACUCCGAGCCUUACCCGUCGCUUCCAGCACUACUGUAUUAUUCCAGACCUCAACAUCACCGUCAGCUCUGCGCCGUAUGAACACACAACAUUCACCGUUUUCGACGUACCCCAGGCGUUUCAUGGAUCAACAGAAAUGGCCUUGCACUGGCCCUGGGUCGUUCCGGCUAAAAACCCAAAGCAGGACAAGCCCGAACAUGGCAAGGCUGUUCUAUUCUCGCACAGCGCUAAGAAGCGAGUUGCAUUCUCAGGCACCUCCGAGUGUGGACCACACUUUGUCUCCAACGUCCUCAGUGUCGUCGCUUUUUUCUUCAUCAGCACGCAGGGGUUCGGAAGCAAGAGCAACAACGGCCAACGAGCGGGCCGAAUGGGGCAGCGAAAACCCAAAGGGUCAACGGCGAAAUUGAGCGGUCCAGUU